AUGUCAAAUUUAGAAGAACUUGAUUUAGAUCUCACGAUCUGUGUUAAAGAAACAUUUAUUGAUGGACAUAAUUUGACGAAAAAUAUUCUUAAUCAUAUGUCACAAUUAAAACAAUUUACAUUUGAUAUUCGUUCUCGUAAAUGUAUUUAUAAUGAAAUGAAUUUACCAUCGAAAGAAGACAUUCAACGAACAUUUGAUGAUUUUCUAUAUACGAAAACAAUAUCUUGUCUUGAUUAUUUUCUAAACAAUAAAGAGGGUCUAUGUCAUAUUUAUUCAUAUCCAUUUUUAAUGAAACAUUAUGAAGAUGUAACAAAUAAUUUUCCAGGUGGAUUAUAUCGAUAUGUUUGUAAAGUAUCAUUAUAUGAUGAAUAUCCUUUUGAACAUGAAUUUUUUAUUCGAAUUGCUCAAUCAUUUCCUUUUAUGAAAAAAUUAUCUAUUGAUAAUAGUUAUGCACAAAAUUAUAAACAAUCUUAUAAAUUAAUGAAUGAUAAUCAGAAUUUAUCAAUUGUUAAAUAUAAUUAUCUUAUUGAACUUCGUAUAUAUCAUCUAGCUCAUGAUGAUUAUAUUGAAGAAUUUCUAUGUAAUACGAAAACAUAUUUUCAAAAUAAUAUUCUUCUUGAUGUCGAUUAUAAAGCAUUACAAAAAGUAACACAUCAUUAUACAAGAGAUGAUACACGAAGUAAUUGUACCAAAGUAAAUGAACUAUCUUUAUUUGGAAAAUUCGAAUAUUCGAAAUCUUUAAAAGAUAAAUAUUUAAAAGAUUAUUUUUCUUUUGCAACAAUAAUAGAUUGA